UUAACUAAAGAAAAACACCAACAAAAACAACGCCAGCAACCUGCCAGGAACAACAACAACAACUCAUGCGGUGCCCAAAAGCCCAAAAAACAACUAGAGAAGAAGAAGAAGCAGCAGCAGAAGCAACAGCAACAAAACAACAACAGCGACAAGCUAACGAGAGCAACGGCUCUCAAAAUUCUCAGGAGUUGCUGUUGCCACUUGCAUUAACAUUGGAUUAGUCCCCCACCAAUUCCCAAAGAAAAAACCCCCAACCAAAAUUGAGGCACUCAUGUAGAGUCAUUCGAAUGUGAAUGGGGAACGACACCAACACCAACACCACCACCACCACCAACAACAACAAGAAUAUUGACAUCGACAGUAACGGGACAUGGAUAUACAUAUGAAAAAAUUAACUAAACCACGCAUGGAGGAUCCCGAGCGGCGCAGAAGACGCGAACGCGAAAAAUAUGAACGCCAACAGGGCAUACAGAGCGAUGAUCGUGAGACUAGUCUUUUUGGUGAGCCGCGUCGCCUCAAUCCCAGCGAGGGCGAUGCGGAAAUUACCGCCGCCCUUGGCGAAUUCAUCGAUGCCCGGGACCAUAUGAACUCCUCCACGGUGGGCAUCUACAGGCACGGGUCGCAUCCGUUGAACUCGCGACUGCAGGCGCCGUCGUUCGGCGGCAACUCGGCUGCCAACUCCUACUCAUCGUCAUCAUCCGCCUCCGCCUCCGCGUCCGCCUCCGCCAACUCGGCAGCGUUAUCCUCGUUAUCAGCUUCUUCAUCCGCCUCGGUGCCUGGCCAGCUGCCCACAUCACAGCAGCAGCAACAGCAGCAGCAGCAACACUAUCAACAGCAGCAGCGGGCGCCCACCUAUCUGAAGCAGGCGGAUAAUAAGCCGCCCUACAAUGGGCGUGGCGGCUAUCCCGGGCAGCCGAUGAAGAAUGAUAUACCCUCGAGUAGCGGCAUGGCGCCGCCACGUGGACCGCCCAGAUCCUCAUCGUCUGCCAGCAGCAACAACAACAGCAUCAACUCGUCCAGCGCCACAAACAAUGCCACAGCGGCAGCGGCAGCGGGCGCGACGUCAACGUCCAUGUCCUCGCCCCUCGGCCCGCCCAUGUCCACGCAGAUGCCAAAUGGCCGCGAGAAGUCGUUUCUGGGGCCGCCGGCGCCGGCGCUGCCCAACGGCGGACGCUUUGUGCCGCCAGCGGCCAGCAGCAAGCGGCCCAGCAACAGCGCAGGACUGCAGCCACCGCCACCAGAGAAGGAUAUUAGCAAAAUAAUCACCGAAAUGACCAACAACUAUCGCGUGACCCCGUUGACCUCAAUUGCGGCCACGCCGCACGCUCCAAUGUCCGAGAACUACAAUCUGAAUGGGCCCAAUAAGUAUAAGUAUGCAUUUGAUUCCAUCGGGCCACUCAACUCACCGCCGGCGGCGAGCGCCUCGUCGCUGAUGACGCCGCUGCUGGCGCCCAUUGCGCCGAUCACCUCGCCCAUUGCACCGCUGUUGACGACACCGCCGCAGGCCAGCCAACUGCCUUUGCAGCUGGCGCCGUUGGCGGGCGCCACAACGGUGCCGCCUUCCCUGGGCCUGGCUGCUGUGGCGCCCAUCCAGCAGCUGAUGCCCACGCCCCCCAAGGCGUCGCCGACGCCGCCAGCGAUAAAGCCGCUAAAAACGGAAAAGAAUCAUUCGCUGGAGAAACAGGACUCGUGCCUUGAGAAUGAUCUGGAGCUAUCCGAAUCUGAUGAUGAGCGCAAAAAGGAUGGUCGAUCAGCUGGGAACAGCAGCAACAGCUCUGAGUCCGAUUCCAGCGAAUCGGGCAGCGAGGCAAGCAGCAAAGGUGAUACGCAGCAGCAGCAGCAGCAGCAGCAACAACAGCAGCAGCAACAGCUGUUGCAUCAACAGCAACAAUUGCUGCUGCAGCAGCAGCAACAACAGCGACUCGCAGCCAACGCCAAUGGCAGCAAAAAGAAAUACAGCCAAACGAUAAUUGCGAGUGGAGCGAACACAAUCAGCGGGUUGCUUACGUCGAGUGGUUUGGGUGGUGCUGGUGCGGGCAGUGUUGCAGGUGGCGGUGCCAUCAAUGCCACUGGCAUUGGCAACACAUGCAGCGGCGGCGGCGGCUCCAGCGGUUCCUGCAUGGGCACCAUGAGCAGCUCCAGCUCGUCGAACAAGACGCCGUCGCCAACGGACAGCAAUCGCUGGAAUCUGAGCCGCUUCUUUCCCAAGCCAGCGAAUCAGACAGCCGCCGAGAGUGUGUCGCCGGGCGUGGCCAAUGCCAUGGGCAAUGUGAGCAUGAAGGUGCCCGGCAUCCUGCCGGGCGGUGCACAAAUCAUACCCGAGUCGAUAGACGUCACCACGGCGAUCGUGAAGAACGAGAAGCUGCACGACGAGCCGCGACACGUGGACGAUGACGAGGACGACGAGACCGAUGAGCAGCAUCUGCAGCAGCAGCAACAGCAGCAGCAGCAGCAGAGAUAUGGCUUAAGUGUGACUGUGAAGAAGGAGCAACUGGAACAGCAGCAGCAGCAACAGCAGCAGCAACAGUUGCUGCUGCAACAGCAACAACAGCUGACGACGGAGCAGCUGGCUCUGGCGGGUGCUUUGCCAAAAAACCAAAUUAAACGCGAAUCGCGUUUGUCUGACUCCGGCAGCGCCAGCAGCGGCAGCGGCAGCAGCAGCUCGGACAGCGCCGGCGGCAGCAGCGAAGUGAUGCCAAUGCCCGGCCCUGGCGAAACGCUACAAAUACCUGGCGUACCUGCGGCCAUAACAACGGUGCUGCGUGUGCCGCCGGCGAUGCAGCACAAGGUGACGCCCAACAGCGUCACAUUGACGCCGAUUGGGCCGCUGCCGGCGUCGCCGAAGCCACGACAGAAGAAGCCGCGCAAAAAGAAAAUGUCGGCAGCGACGGUGACGCCGCUGGACUCCAGCGACGAGGAUGAGCCGACGACGGCGAGCAGCAACAAGAAGCAUGCGCUGGAGCUGGCAGCAACAGCAGCGGCUGCUGCCGCCGCUGUGGCGGUGCCUGUGGCAGCGGCGGUGCCAGCAAUUAAAAAGGGACGCGGCAGGCCACGCAAGCAGGCGCAGCAGCAGCAGCAGCAGCAACCACCGCAACAGCAGCAGCAGAGCGGAAAUCUGAGCAGCGCCUCGGCAAGCAGUUCACAGGCGAAGGGACCAACGUUGACAGCAGCCAAGAAACCUCUAGCCAAAGGCAGCGCCAGUAGCAGCAACAGCAACAGCAACAGCACGGCGGCAACAGCAACAGUUGCUGCGAGCAGUCGCAAGCGCGAGCACAGCAGCAACAGCAGUUCCAAUAGCAACACGCCCACCAAGAAGCCCGCAGCAACAUUUGCGGCUAAGAUCGAGCGUGUCGAUGGUCUGAGCAGCGAUGAUGACAGCAGCAGCAGCAGCAGUUGCAGCAGCACCAAGUCCAGCAAUAGCAACAGCAAAAGCAGCCAGCUGCAGCAGCAGCAACAAUUGCAGCUGCAGCAGCAACAGCAGCAGCAGCAGCAGCAACAAUCGCUGCUGGGUCACUUUGGGGCCGAGUCGCUGCCGCAGUCAGCGCAGCGCAUGAGCAGCAGCGACUGCAGCAGCAGCAGCAACAGCGACAGCAGCAGCAACAGCAGCGGCAGCAGCAGCAGCAGCGACGAGGACGUCGAGCAUCGCAGCGGCAAGCGCAAGAGUGAUAAGAAGAAGAUAUGCACGCUGACGCGCAUCUUCAAUCCCAAAGAGGGCGGCGCCAAGAAGCAGGGUCAGGUCGUUAUAAUCGAUCAAUCCGAGGAGCAAUUGCAGCAGCAGCAACAGCAGCAGCAGCAGCAGCAACAGCAACAGCAGCAGCAGCAGGCCAAAGAGCUUAAGCCGCGUGCCACGCCCACACAGCUGCUGGGCGCCACAUUAGCAUCGCCAGCACGCACCACCACGCCACACCUCACAUCGCUGAUGUGCAAAAUAGACCUAAGCAAGCUGGCUCGAGUGCCGCCCGAGUGGUAUCAGAACAGCUACAGACUGUACGCAGUUGAUGGUCAGCAGCAGCAGCACCACCACCACCACCAGCCAGAGAGACUGAAGGCGCAGCAGAACGGGCAUCUCAGCAGUCGUUCCGCCGAGGGCGCGCGCACGCCCAAGGAUCUGCAACAGAUCUAUACGCCCAACGGCUAUGUGGGUGCUGGUGGUGUUGGUGGUGUUGGUGGUGCAGCAGCUAACAAGCUGCUUGGCGGCGUCAAGCAUGAGCAUGGCGUUAAGCCCGAGCCGGAGCUGGAAGCCGGCUAUGAGGCCAAGUACAAACCGAACAGCGUUAAGCAGGAGUUCAUGCUCAAGCAGGAGUUGCCCGCGCGUCGACGCAAACGCAGCUCCAGCUCCAGCUCGAGCCCCUACAAGGAGAAGAAGCGAAAAAAGGAGAAAGCCGAACAGCUCAGCAAGGAGCUGCUGCCCGUGCCGGUGCUGCUGCCUGCCAACAAUCACGAGCGAUUAUCGCGCGACAAGUUCGAGUUGCUCCUGCAGCAGGAAAGCGCCGCCGCCAAUGGCAGUCCCAACAAGUUGCAGCAACAGCAGCCGCCACAUGCGCGACCAUUGUCACAAUCACAACAGCAACAGCAGCAGCAGCAGCAGCAACAACAGCAGCAGCAACAACAGUCGCAGUCACUGCCCACAGCGGCGGCAGCAACAGUUGCUCCUGUGCCCAUUCAACUGCCAACCACCUGCAGCGAAGCGGUGCAAACGACGCCACCACCGGCGGCGCCACCACCAGAGCCGCGUCUCAUCUAUAGAUCCCACUUUGACAAGGAGGAGGAGAAUGACAGCGACGAUCUCAGAAAAAACGAUUUUUUGCUGCAGGAGGCGAUCAGGCGCAAGCGAGCCGCCGAUUCGGAACGAGAUUCGUUCAGUCAGAUGACGCUUUACCUCGAGGCAAUUGUCUACUUUCUGCUAACCGCCGAUGCCAUGGAGCGCUGCAACAUGGAGGCCACCUGGACCAUGUACAAGGACACCCUGUCGCUAAUUAAAUACAUUUCCUCCAAGAAUCGACCGUAUCAGCUGUCAACGAAUGGAAAUCACGAAUCGCACAACAUUGUGGCCAUACUCAGUUUGCGCUGCCAAUCACUGAUAUCCUUAAAGCUUUACAAAUUGCGACGCGUCAAUUGUCGUGCAAUUAUCGCCAGUUGUUCCGAAUUUUUUCGCUCUGGUAGGGGGGAUAUACUGAAUGGCAAUACGCCGUCCUCUAUAUCCCCAUCGAACUCGGUGGGCUCUCAGGGCUCCGGUUCGAAUACGCCGCCUGGCAAAAUAGUGCCUCAAGACAUACACAAUCAGCUUUGCAAGCAGAAUGAGUAUCUCACCUAUGUGAACAGCGCUCACGAGCUGUGGGAUCAAGCCGAUCGUUUGGUGCGCAACGGCAAUCAUAUAGACUUCAUACGCAAACUGGAUCACGAGAAUGGGCCCUUGACGCUGCACAGCACGAUGCAUGAGGUGUUUCGCUAUGUGCAGGCGGGGCUGAAGACUCUGCGCGAUGCUGUCUCGUAUCCCCAGUCGCAGUAGCGAUAACAGCAACGCCAACACCAACAUCAAGAACACCAACAACAACAACAACAGAAACAACAACAGCAACCGCAACAUCAUCACCACCAAACGUGUCUAAAUGAAAGUCAGGCCAAAUUAGCAACUAUUAUUAUUAUUAUUAUUAUUAUAAAUUAUAAUUAUUAUUAUAUUGUAUACUAUAUAUAAAUCAAGCGAAGAGCAGCAGCAACAAGCUACUAUUAUUAAGUUGUUUAGCUUAGCAAAAAGAAAAACUUCCAACAACAACAACAACAACAUCUAAAGUUACUCUU